CCUUUAAUCUUUAUGUUAGUGAGUGAAAGAAUCUGUAAUUUUCUGGAUUUUGGAAUGUAGCCAAUAGCCAUAUGACUCUCUUGUUUGUGUAGUCAAUAUCGAUUCGACUACUAUGUAAAUGGUACAUGUAUAUAACUUUAUCGUCUGGUCAUUCUAAAUGGCACUUCUGUCAUAUGUUGUACCACUGUUUUUUGGAAAAGUUGACUUAUACAAGUCUUUCGCAUGUGUGACUUUUAGAAUCCACAUAUAGUAUAGGGAAAUAUAUUUUCUUGCAUCAAAAUAAAAUUUUAAUUUAUCUAUGUUUCAAGAGUUUUUAAAGCAUGCGUAUCUUGGUCCAAAAAAAAAAGCAUGCGUAUCUCUUAGACGGAUUGAAUGAAGAGUGUAGAUUUCACAGUUUGGAUUGACCAAGUCCGCACACACAUGCAAGAUAAUGCUUACGAGUUCACAGUCACAGUAAACUUGUACUUAUAGAUCAUGCCAGUACAAAUCUGUAAAAUAGAUAUCAAUAUUAAUUACGUGAUGUACUAUUUUACCCGAUAAAAAAAAAGAGAGAAAUAUGUCAUAAUAAUAAACAAAAUUUUAUGCGUAAUUUGCAUGGUGGUGACUGCCUGACUGGUGUGUACAUAUGGAGUGGUGAUAGCAGUUUUGUUUUAAUGACUGGUCAUUUUCUUAAAUUUAAUUCAAAUAGUUUCCGUAGUUAACGCUGUAGCCACUUGCUAGGUGGCACACAACAAAACCAUGUUUUUUAAAAAAAACUUAUCAUUCUGACUAUUAACUGUUAUCAACUCAUCUUUAAACAUUUUUUAGGCUUACUGUAAUGAAUAGAAAAAAUAUAAACGUCGGUGAAAAGUUAGUUUUUCUCACUUAAAUCCAAAAUAUUGCCGAUAAAUACCCAUACAUGUCUCCCUACACAUCCAGUCUCUGCUACUAUCAUAACACAGCAUAAAAGAAAAAGAAAAAACUACGCCGUUGUCUAUUAUGGGUUGUUGCAUUUCCGCCACAGCCACCGCCACUGCCACCACCGACAAGAAAAAUGAGCCUGUCUCCAGAAAGAACACAACAGCACUGUCUCCGGUAGCCGUUGUCGAGGAAGAGACAGUAGUCAAAGAAGUCUUGUCCGAAACCACAUUGGUAACUUCACUAAACGACAAUUCGGCAAUGGAAACGACAAGGAACAAGGUUCCAGAAGAGGAGGUGGAGGAGGAGAAGAAACCUGGAGCUGUCGACGCUGAUCCUGACCCGGUUUUAGCCGAGAAAGGUUCGGUUGAACCGGGAAAAGGAUCAGAGGUUUCGGAAGUUUGCAGUUUGAGCGAGAGCUUGCUUUCUAUCGUGAGUGGGUGCGACGAGGAAGAAGUGAAACAGAGGAAACUGCAUGGAGUGAGACAGAGGUCUCCGGCGAAAUAUCGGGACCGGGUCGUGGCUAAUAACUACCCGACCCGGAGAACAGAUAUGUCUCCACGUAAGAGAAACAUCGAAGGAGGAGGAGAAGGAGCUGGCUCGGUGAGGAUGGUGCCAUCGGGUACGGGUCAGAGAGACCCGACUGAGAGGUCCGAGAGGAGGAGGUCCAGGUCGCCGGCAAUCAACAGGCCCGUCAUGGUGGGGCCGAGUCGGAAUCAUUAUGUAAGUACGGACAAUGGUGGUGUAAUGAUGAAAAAAGGUCAGUCUCCGGGCCGGGUGAGACCUUAUCCGAAUAAAAACGGGUCGGAGCAAGACUGUCAUCGUCAGUGGCCGAGUCAGAAUGAUAAUUCUACCUCUAAUGAUUCGUUUGAAAACCCUCUUGUAUCCUUAGAGUGUUUCAUUUUUCUAUGAGAUUAUUAUUAUUGCGAAGAAGAAUAUUCCGGAGCAUAAUACUCGAAUUAUCGAUGGAUUUUAAUCAAAGAAUUUGUUUAGCUUUGUAUUGGAUCUAUUCUCAGUAUUCAUAAGUUUGGCAAUUUCAAGA